CCAGCUGGCUUGGAUCUUUGAAUAGUAGACUUGAGAUGCGCGUGAACACUAGGAUCAGGUGAUAAAUUUUUAUAACGGCAAGGAAAGUUGUGUGAGUGCGCCACACCAGAUUUUUUUGCUUGGUGACGCGUCUACACUGGCCAUGGGCAAACAUUGUUUGUCAAAAAUAAUAAAAUUUGUCCAAAUUUUUUCAACAAACAUGUUUGUCGAUUUGUUCAGUGUGGACACGGCUUUAAAUUAUAACAUUGAUUUAUUCUUGGGUCACAAUAUACAUAGAGAGAAAAUGGAUAUAAUCUGCUCUUUAAAAGAUUUGAUGAUGCUGUUAAUUUUCAAGUUUAUGACAGAAAAUAAUCAAAUAUGGCGCUGCAGCGAUUGCAGCUUGGAACGCAGGAGGAGUAUGUCGACUGAAACACCGGUCUCAAGUGGUUCAUCAUUGACGAUUGCUGACGUAGUCGCUAUGCUGAACUUCAUGAAGGAGGAUCAAAAGAGGAUGGAGUUGGACCUCGGGAAGUCUAUGGAGGCCUGCCAUGAAGGAAUCACCGAGCUAAAUGUGAGGCAAGAGGAGCGGAACGAGAAAUUUGAAACUUGUCUAAAGACGAUAGAGGAGUUAACUAAGAAAGUUGUGAAGUUGGAACGGGAAAAUGCUACAUUGAAAGAACGUGUAGAGGAGGAUCUAGAACAGUACUCGAGAAUUAACAUGGUCGAAAUACGAGGCCUGCCUCAGCAACUCAACGAAGACCUGAACUCGAUAGUUUAUAACAUAUCGAGUGCUCUCGGCUGCCAGAUCAGGGAGGACGCCAUCGACGUGUGUCAUCGCCUGGGUCGCGCUGGACCAGAGAAGCCUGCUCCGGUUGUCGUCAAGUUCAUUAGGAGAACCGACAAUAACACGCUCCUACAGAAGAGGCGAGUGAAGCGCGAUUUUUCGACCAGGCAUAUCGGCUGUAAUACUGAUCAACCUAUCUACAUCAAUGAGUGUUUGUCGCCGUCAAGAAGGAAACUUUUCUCAUUGGCUAGAUCAGCGCACAAGGAACACCGUUUUAAAUUUCUUUGGGUGAGAGACUGUAAAAUUCUAAUAAGGAAGCAGGAAAAAAGCCCAGUGAUCGAACUCAAAUCAAGUGAACAAUUACAUAUGCUACUAUCUCAAAGCUCAUUUACGAUUCAUGAUGUUGACAAUUCUAAGGUCAGUGCAAAUGUAUAGUUCAAAAUCUUUCACAUGACUAAAUUAAAUACCAAGGAAAAUAUUAACUUAAGAGUAUUUUUAGUGGCAACGGUUUUGAGAAUAUGAUUAACUUAAAUACGAGAGUGACAGACACCACUUCCAGUUGUAUUGAUCACUUAUUAUUCAGAAGUAAUAAUUCACUUAUGAAUGAGGUCUUUGUAAUUGAUCCUCAAAUAACUGACCAUCGAAGCAUUGGUUGUUUAUUGGCAUGUCAGUGAUGAGAGAGUAAUAGUUGAUUACAAUAUAUUGUUAAAUAUCCUCACUGGGAAGUCGUGGUCGUCCGUGUACUCGGCUGAUUAUUGUAAUAAAUCAUUUGACUCUUUUAUUGAAAUACUGAAUGAUUCGAUUGCUGAUAGUAAAGUAACUCUUGCUCGUCCUAGUGAUCGCCGCUUGAGGAAACUGAAACAUUGGAUGACGGAUGGGCUAUGUCUGGCAAUAUUGAAUAGAGAUAAGCUAAGGAAAAAAGUAUCAAGGUCGCCUAACGACUCCGGCUCGACUUCGGCUUCAAUAUAAUAAUUUCAAGCGCAAAAUUGAUCUUUGGAUUAAGGAAACAAAGGAAAGAUACUACAGUAGGCGUUUUGAGAAGGUCAAAGAUAAUUCCAGAGCUCAGCGGAGGGUCAUUAACUCUUUAGCUGGCAAUAAUAAGGCGAAAAAUUGUGUAAAGAGUCUCCAGAUUGAUGGUAAUAAAACUGUUGACGACCCAAAAGUUAUUGCUGAACAAUUCAAUGAGUAUUUUGUUAAUGUGCCUAAUUCAUUGUCGACUUCCCUUAUUGCUCCAAGUACAGACCAAAAGGAAGCAUAUGAUAGAGUUUUUAAUGCAAAUCACAAUUCAAAUUCUUUCUUUUGGUCUCCAGUAUCUUGUGAAGAAGUAGAAUUAUUUAUCUCAAGACUGAAAGGAGGUACAGCGACAGGUGAUGAUGGUAUUUCUACAGCUCUGGUCAAGACAAUUUCACAUGUUAUUUCUCCUGUGCUGCCUUACAUUUUCAACAAAUCAUUCGCAGAGGGCAUUUUUCCACAAAAUAUGAAAAUCGCUAGAGUUAUUCCCAUCUUCAAGAAGGGACAAGCUGCUUCGAUUGGCAAUUACCGACCAAUUGAAUUGUAAAAAAUUGUAAUUAACGACCGAAAAAAUUGUAAAAUUUAGAUUGAUUAAUUUCAUGGAUAAGCUGAAUGUGAUUUCUGACGUCCAAUUUGGUUUUAGGGAAGGUCUGAGCACUGAGAUGGCACUUCGGAGGUUCAUGAUGCUGGUUCAUAAUAGUUUGAAUUCUAAUGAUAAAAACCGAGUCACAGGUGUCUUCCUUGAUAUAAGAAAGGCAUUUGACACGGUUAAUCAUGAUAUUCUCCUCAGGAAGAUGGAAAGGGUUGGAAUAAGAGGACUGGUACAUAAGUGGUUUGCAUCGUAUCUGAAAGAAAGGCAUCAAUAUGUUUUCCUCAAUGGUCAAAAAAGUUCACUGAGGAAAAUUAAUAGUGGAGUACCACAAGGUUCGGUCCUUGGGCCAAUAUUGUUUCUUAUCUUCAUUAAUGAUCUGUACUCUUCAUCAUUAAAAGGAGAGUUCACAGCAUUUGCGGAUGAUACGGCCCUAACCUACGGUGAAAAACAACCCAAUUGCUGAUGGAGAGUAUUACUUACGAUGUUGAAAUGCUGUCAUUGUGGUUCACGUGUAAUAGGCUAAGUCUGAAUAUUGAAAAGUCUGUUAUUGUUAAUUUUUCACUGUCUCAAGGUUUUCAAAUGCUCACUCUCAUUAAAAAAUAUUAUUCAAUUGAUUGUCAGGGGCGGCUAAAUGAUUGUCCUUGUAGCAGUUUUCCAUAAACGGAUGUUGUGAGAUAUUUAGGUUUAAUGGUCGAUGAAAAGCUCAGUUUUAAGCAGCACAUCCUAUCUCUUAAAAACUAUUUAUACAUGUACAUGCGCAAAUUCUAUUUUUUGAGGUCUCUGUGUCCAUUGAGUGUCAUGAGGCAGAUUUAUUUUGCAUUUGUGCACUCCAGACUAAACUAUGCUAUUACAUGUUGGGGUAGUACUUAUAUCAUACUCAUGUGAAGCCGCUAUCUGGAUUACAGAAAUCUUUUGUAUGAAUAAUGAUGAAAAAAACAAGAUUGCAUGAAUCCUUUCCUCUCAUUUUAAAUUUAAAUAUUCUGCCACUUAGAUAUAUGUACGUUUUUAGAGUUUUGCAGAUGUUCUUUAAUAGGAGUGGCUAUGCUGGCGCAGUUGUGGAUACUAUUCGAUCUUCAUCGCGACAUGGUAAUAGAGCUCAAUUGCCAAGACCAAGAUCCACCAUGUUUCAAAAAUCUUUCUUGUUCUUAGGUCCAAAAUUCUUCAAUAAUUUACCUGACAAUGUAAGAUCUUGCCAAUCGUACCCCUUGUACAGUAGAUUGAUCAGAGAGUGGCUAUUCGGUCUUCUUCCGGAGGCGGUCGAAGCUAUGUUUUUUGUUGUUCAGUGAGAGAUCACAUUUCUCAAAUUCUAAAAGUUAUUUUAAUUACUAUUUUUUCUGUUGUUAGCUUUCAUCUUAUUCUUUAUUUGAUGUAUGACUUUUAUUUUCGUUUCUCAAUGCCUUGUUUUUCAUUUCCUAGUUAUAAUUACUGGAUACAUUAUGUAAGGAAUUCGAUAAACAAAUUGAUUUUUUUUACUAUAAGAGAGUUUCUAGGGUCUGCUGCAACUCCUCCAUGCGUACAGGAAAGCUUCCCUUGCAUGAGAGUAUUUAUUGUCAAGAAAAUCGAAUGUAUAUAAUAUUCAUAAUUGUAUUAUUUAUUAUUAUUAGUUUAUGCUCUAGAUGAUUGACUAUUAUUUUGUAUGCAUUGUUUUUGGCAAUAAAGUUUAUUAUUAUUAUAAUUGAAAAUGAUAUAAUAAUAAUAUCAAGUGAUAUGGCUGGCUCAUGUCAAUUUCAGGUCCUAUGACCUACCGACGAUUUUAACGUGUCCAUCUAAAACACAGAGAUAGUUGUAUGUUAUCCAAUAUUUAAUUUGUUUUUUGUUUUGUUUUUAAAUCAAAAGGCGAUUUAUUUAUCAAUUUUGUGCCAUUGGUGAUUGAUAGCUUGUCGUUAUUGAUACAUGAUCAAUUAAUCUUAUGAUCUACUUCAACAUUAUUGUGAUUGAGAUUCGGUUAGAUUCACUCCACAUUUCGACAUCCUAGUAAAUGAAAUAAUUGCUUUUCAUUAAAACGAUACAGUAAUGGCAGUUUGAAUGUGAACCUCACUAUGGACAUUCGUUUACUCCUUCAUUCCUUUUCAUCCUUUUCCAGCUCUGUCGUCUCACCGUCACUUAUUACCAUUUUAUAUGUUAUUCUUUAAUAUUUACAAAUAUUUUUUAAUUUUUUGAAUAAGCGUUUGAAAAUUUUAUGGUGUCAUCAGAUUUUGUACCUCAAGUUUUUUACCAACUUUUAAAAAACAUAUCUACCUCACUUUGAACGGUCUAUAGUACACAGUGCUCAAGCUUCUUCACAAUACUUAAAAAGAGAACAAUUUCUACCAAUUCUAUUGUUGUUGUUAUCACUACAGUAUCAACUUCUCUACCUUUACACUCACUUUGCCAUCGAGAGGAAGAUUUAUAUAACGAAAAGAGAUUCUCGUUCAAUUAUUUCAAAUGAUCAAAGCUGACCUAGUUUACAGCGUUGUGCCCUUGUCUUGUAAUUUUCGCUUCACAUUCAU